UGGCCUCGCUCAAGCACGAGAAAAUUUGCAAAAAUCGACAGAAAUGAAAUUCAACGCUUAGGUAGUUGUCGUUUAUGUAGCCUGCAGUGCAGGCGUAUUUUGGGUGGGCGAAAGCUUGUUCAUGUUCGUAUCGCUACGAUGAAGCCGCCAUCUUUGAUUUUAUGACAGAGGAAGAUUAGGGAGAGCAGAAAUAGUAACCCUUUGGGUAGGUGUGAGGGCGAAAGAAGGAGAGGGGGAGGGGGAGGGGAGAAAAAAUUUUCUCUUCUUUUUCCCCGCCCUCCCCUUCACUCGCCCCAUUUCCUCCUCUCUUCGGGAGUUUCAACAUGGCGCUUUCGCGAUUAAAACCAUUCGCGCGCCCGAUGAAAACGCCUGCACUGCAGACUAUUGUUUAUGUUAAUAAAAGAUGCGGUUAGCAAUGAUGGCAUCAGCCUUGUACAAAGGAAAGCAACGCUUGAAUAAAACGCCUGUGCUGAUAUUUCAACUAAAGGGUGGAGGGGAGAGGAGAGGAGGAGCAGUUGCUACCCUUGGCGCUUAUGCAAAUUCACAUAAGGAGAAAUGUAACGUGAAAUGAGGGAACACGUGAUGUGGACUUCACGUGAUCGUUCAUUAAAAUGGUCCUCAAAAACAAGGAGGCUUUUGUUACUGCUGGAUAUCCAUAUCAGACAGAGAAGCACGUGAUUGUGCCAAAAUAAAUAAAUAAAUAAAUAGAUAAGCGGGUUCAAAACGUAGCACAGCUUUGAAGUUUGAUCCACAUUCCAGGGCAAUAUACGAUUCUGUGCUCAGCCAACUUUCCAUGGCUCUUUUGCAGCGUCAGUUAGAUAUUGUCGCGGAAUCGCUUCAAGAAGAAAGAUGCAAUUCCGAGGUUUGUAUUCAGUUUGUCCUUUAUACUUUAGAAUUUCCUCACGCAAUGAUAUCAUUGCCAUAUGCGUUUCUGAACGCGCAAAAAGCUGCCAUUUCUACUUCUUUAAAUUUAGAAUCAACAGUUACUUGAAAAAAUCUUUCAAGGUUUAAGUGCUCGUUGAAGACCUCUCUUUUCUCACCUAAUUUAAGAAAAAUUAUAUUUCUCUUUUCUUGUAUGAUAACGAACGUAUAAUUCACAAUAUUGGCAGGCUGGGUUAACAAAAGGGUGUUUUUGGUUACUUUCAGCAACUCAGGGAAUUAUUAAAUACUAUCACAACCGAAUGGAAUGACGUGUCAGAAUUACGGCAGAACGAGGUAAGCGGCUUUUAGAUUUUGCGUGCAGAAUUGUCCAUCCAACAGCACAGUCUUGAAUGACUAUGUGGACGCACUUAACCUGUAAUUUCUAGUCUUGUGCAAUUCCUAGUUGAAUUUAAGUGGUCGCCGGGCUACAAUCCUCGCCAAGCAUGCUGCAAGGUCAGGACAGCGUUCAACAGUAACCAGGGGCGCGUUCCAUUCAACAAAAAUUCCGGUUUGAAAUUUCGGAAAUGUCACGUGCCCAAUGGAACGGUUGCACACACCCGACGCAAGCCACCGCGCGUUUGGUUAUUGUUCUUGUAAGCAGGAUACAAAAGAGCGGUACUGGGGACACCAAUUUUGUUAAAUGGAAAGGGCCAUUUUACACUGGGUGCCAGAGGCUUUUCAUGCGCGGUUUCCGGUUUCGGAAACCACCCACGAAGCGAAGUUCCCUAUCGCACGCGAGAAAGAACCUCUGGUACCCAGGGUAGGGCCAUUUCGGUCCGAGCUACCAAUGACCAAUGACCUACCAAUGACCAGACCUAUGUACCAACCGAAGUUUCCGGAAUUUUGGGUUGAAUGGAAAGCGCCCCAGAUGUCCUUUUACACCUCGCACUAUCCUUGCCAAAAAUCAUUCAAACACCCAUGCACUUCCCUGUCCUUCUGCGUACAACAACAUUGCAAAUGCGAAGGGGGAUUUUCCAGAGUGUUUCAAGGUUUUUAUCUGACAUCGUAGAUAGUACCCUUUUUGACUUUUUAUUGACCUGUUUUUUAUCGAUUAAGAUCAAAAGUCUUCAAGAGUGACGUUUGAACCUGCGCACACUCUGGUUUUUUCGUUAGAAUUGGCAGUGCUAAUCAGCGUUUUUUUUUUAAUGUGUGACGCAGAUGAUAACCGUAAAACAGGAACUAGAGCGAGCUGAGGAGCGUAUUGAACUAGUGGAAUAUCGAUCAGCGGAGAGGGCCAGUGAAAUAGAGGAAGGCCUGGAGUCCUAUGUUACAAAGGUAAGAGUUGCGUUGUACGCCAUACAGGUAUGGCUUCACUUGUACCUUGUCUGAGCAUCCAUGCAGUACAGUGUAAUGCUAAGAAUUAUCAUUACGCUGCACGUUAACCCUUUCACUGCCAAAUGCGGCCAAAGGCAAGUUUCGACCAAAUUUCCAAAUUUCAUUUUCCAAAAUUGUGAGAAACAAAUAGCAUCAUGUGGAAGUACAGGCAGAGAGCUUUCAUUUGAAUGGUCACAUCAUAGGAUUUCGUCCAUGGACUCAAAGGUUAGAGUCACCUUACAAUACUCCAUCAAACACUCUGGCAGUGAAAGGGUUAAUUGUUAAUUGUUUUGUCACACAGGUUUUAAAGAUUGAAGCGCUUCAACAACAGAGCCAGCAGAUGAUGGGACUGGACGAAUACUUGGAUCAAAGCGCGCAAGCUAAAGCACUUUUAUCAAAAUUUCUUACCAUGAUGCUGGCCAUCUUACAGAUUAUUCUUAUCAUAUGCACAACACUAGCAAGAAUUGUUAUUCCGUUUACAAGGACCUGGUAAGUUGUGUUGUUUCUCGUCCGACUCUUCCAAUUCCCUCCUUUCGUUACAUCCGUCUCCUCUUUAACUGACCGUGCUCUGUUGAACUCAGUUGCCUUGGAAACGAAUUGAAAAGCGCCCGCUCACGUUGAAACCUACCUUGUAUCAAAUCAGGUUGUCGCAAGUUGCGUGAGUACUGACUUCUGAUUGGAUAAAAUUACGCGAGAGUCUCGCCAUACAUGGAAUAACGUCACUUGUUGUAAAGCAAGUUUGCCUUAGGCCGGUGAAACUCGCAACUUGAACAAAUGUUGUUUGCAAAAAGUAGAACUACUCUCUACUUUCCGCAACAACUUAUCGCAAACUGCAACAACCUGAUUUAAAUUGCGAGCGGUAAAGCGCACACAACACGGAAAUUCAACUCGUUUUGCAGCAGUGUUUCAAAACAACUUAAAUUUUUUUUUUUUUUUUGCCCUUUUUACCUUAUCUUUAUUUAAUUUGCAGGUUGCGAAUUAUUGUGACAAGCCUUCUUAUUUUAAUCAUUGCCAUUGUAUGGAGAUAUCAAGAGAGUGACAAUGUGCGACUGGUCGUGGAAUGCGUGACAGGACACUUAGCACUAAUGAGAGACAAAUUCGUUUCUCUGGGAAUCCCCUUUCAAAAUUUCGCAAAUAGGUUAUUUCAUAGACAAAAGUUAUGA